CCCUUUGCUGAUUGUUGACGAUUGGAUCGCUAGAGGGCUGCGUGUCGUGUUCUUCACUGGCUCGACCUCUUCGCCCUUGACAAAGGUCACUUCAGAUCUCUCGUCCUUACCGGCAGCCGGACGCCCAGUUCAGUGAGCCGCUCUCUUCGUCUUCGGCAGACUUAAAAGCAAACAAAAUGACGACCUAUUUCAACUACCCUCCGCCUGAGCUGCAGGCCGAGCUGCGGGACAUUGCGAACCGCAUUGUGGCCCCGGGCAAGGGUAUUCUGGCCGCUGAUGAGUCCACGGCCACCAUUGGCAAGCGAUUCACCGACAUCGGCGCAGAGAACAACGAGGAGAACAGGAGGCAGUACCGCCAGCUGUUGUUCACUGCGGACAACGCUGUCACUGAAAACAUCAGCGGCGUGAUCUUGUUCCACGAGACCCUGUACCAGAAGGAUGACAACGGCACCCCUUUUGUUGAGAUCCUGAAGAAGAAGGGAAUCAUCCCCGGAAUCAAGGUCGACAAGGGUGUCGUUGACCUGAUGGGCAGCGAAGGUGAGUGCACCACUCAGGGCCUUGACGAUCUUGGCGCCCGCUGUGCCCAGUACAAGAAGGACGGCUGCGACUUUGCCAAGUGGAGGUGCGUCCUCAAGAUCGGCACCAACACCCCUUCUUACCAGGCAAUCCUUGAGAAUGCCAAUGUUCUGGCCCGCUACGCCUCAAUCUGCCAGGCCAACCGCAUCGUUCCCAUUGUCGAACCUGAGGUCCUGCCCGAUGGAACUCACGACCUGGACCGCGCCCAGAAGGUGACCGAGACUGUUCUGGCCGCCGUGUACAAGGCGCUGAAUGACCAUCACGUCUACCUCGAGGGCACUCUCCUGAAGCCCAACAUGGUGACCCCUGGCCAGUCCUGCGCCAACAAGGCCCCUGCCCAGGAGAUUGCCAGGGCCACUGUUCAGGCCCUCCAGCGCACUGUGCCCGCUGCCGUUCCCGGAGUCACCUUCCUCUCUGGUGGCCAGUCCGAGGAGGAGGCUUCCGUGAACCUGGACGCCAUCAACAAGUAUGAGGGCAAGAAGCCCUGGGCCCUCACCUUCAGUUACGGCAGAGCCCUUCAGGCCUCUGUGCUCCGUGCUUGGGGAGGCAAGAAGGAGAACAUCAAGGCUGCCCAGGACGAGCUGAUCAAGCGCGCCAAGGCUAACGGACUGGCCUGCCAGGGCAAGUACAAGGCAGGCAUGUUCGAGAGCGCUGCCGCUGCCAAAUCCAACUUCGUCAAGGCCCACGCCUACUAAUUCCCCCAAACAUUCCUUCCUCAAUGCUUUUUGCAUGGCUAACGGUGAUGCUUCCCUUGGAAAGUAUCAGGCUGGUGCCGUCACAGGCGCUGCUGCCGAUGUUGGUCUCUUCAUCAAGGACCAUGCUUAUUAAACAACUACCCUCUGAGAAUUGUUUGCUCGUUAAUUGAAUAUUAUUGCCGUGCCAUCAAAUGUCACCAUACUGUUAGCACAAGGAUCUUAUUGCUGUUGUUUUUAUCCACUUGCGUUAAGUCUUCAAAGUUUUAACUAUUCAGUUCCAAUUUGUUAAUUCUGAUUUAAAAAGUCAGUGUUGGUGCAGUAGCAAUACUUCUUGUUGCAAAGAUAAAAAGAAAUAUAUAGAAGAGCUCUCAUAAUUGCAUUUCAAAUUUACCGGCAGUUCAAUAAAACAUACUCGCCUGGAA